AUGGCCCAAUAUUUUGCCUACAGGCCUCGUCGACCGACGAAUAGAUCCCCAGGGAAAGUCUCUGAUGCGUCUCCAACCCUCUCUGAAUUGGAUAUUCCUGCAGACAGCAUCUACGUUUUCCCAAAUCCAUCCUCGAUUCCAGCUAGUCCCGGUCAACCUUCGACCUUAUCCGAAUGGUCGGCAAUAGAGUCGACAUUCUCCUCGCCCUCACUUUCUGGGCUUUCCUCUAUAGACGGGAGUCUGGUAUCUGGUGCCUUGUCACCUUCAUCGCCAGCCACCCCAGCGUUUCACGGUGAAUCUGACGGUAGACGGGGAUAUGUAGACGCGACGCGACUCUCCGGACCUUCGCCGCGACGGACGUCGACUGCAGGUAACACGUCUGGCCCGCAGUGGUCGAGGCUGGAGAACUCGAGAGUCGAAGAUCUCGUGCCAAUAUGGGACGCCCGAUUGAGUGCCUUGGAGAUGUCCGGGGAGCGUCCCCAGUCCACCACCCAACCGCGGCUCGACAUCCCGCUUUUGUCGCUGUUCGCGUCAUUGUUCUCUGUGGAGAAAAGUAGCCUGGACCUCCUCAACUCUUCUUCUUCAACGAGCUCUCUGUUUCCCGUUCCCCUUGAUCCAAAUGAUGAGGAUAGGGACGCUGCUCCUGAUGACAGUGCGCACCACACCGCUCCCCAUGGUGUCGAGAAACUGUUGCUUUCUCUAGAAGAGAGCAAUUCGUUCAUUCACAACCGCAUCUCAAUCGAAACGAUGCCGUCUCCCCUUGAACUUGGGACUCGGUUACAAGAGUUGCACGAGGUGAUCGUUGCUCUGAUUGCGAAGAGCGGGAAAGUUAUGUGGAAUGUACUAGGAAUCAAGACGUAG